ACACGCUUGGGAAGCUGGUGUGAGUGCGCCGCAAAGGAGCUCCACGGGUCCGAUCUGGAGCCACGAUCAGGCUCACGCGCACACACAACCACACACACAUCAUGUCGGCAUCAAGUAGGGGAUCACGGGCUGCCGUGCCUCUCCUGAGGAGAGCAUCGCCUCAGAUAUGCACACAAUGCGCCUUCAGACAGGUCAGCCAGCAGCAGCCAGCACCAAGGCGGGCAUACUCAGCCUCCCCGACCACGAUGCCCGUCGAGACGAACGCCACCACAACCCCCGUCGACCCGGCCCGCGUGCCGGAGCUCCAGACCAACCACCCGAAGCAGCUGUACCACCUGCGGGCGGGCGUGAUCCUCUCGCGGCCGCCGCUCCUGACGCGCGAGCAGACCCCCUUCGAGCAGGCCUUCUACCUGUACCAGAAGCGCCUCAACGAGCGCCUGGCGACGCCCUUCUCGCGCCAGUUCUACUUCAGGCACGGCCAGCCCGCCGCCAUCGACUUCGCAAUCAAGUGGGCCGAGCGCGGCCACACCAUGGAGCGCGGCAUCGGCCGCGUCACCCGCUCGGGCAAGUGGGCCUGGGACGACGAGCUGCUGGCGGGCGGGCAGGGCGAGAGGCUCGCCGACCCCGAGGCCCUGCGCGAGGCCCUGUACGUCGAGGCCGAGAGCCGCGUGUCCGAGGACGGCGAGCGCCUCGGCUUCGAGGACCGCCUGCGCGUCGAGAGGCCCUUCCCCCGCCGCACCGAUGCCGACCGCGCCAACGAUGUCACGAGGCUCGACCGCGCCCUCGACCGCACCCUGUACCUCGUCGUCAAGAGGUCCGGCGACGACAGGUUCUCCUUCCCGCAGGAUAACGUCCACCCGGACGAGGCCCUGCACGAGACCGCCGCGCGCGCGCUGGCCGCCUCGGCAGGCGUGAACAUGAACACGUGGAUGGUAGGGCGCGCCCCGAUCGCGUACGAGCACAGCGAGCCCCUGUACACGGGCGGCCGCGAGGGCGACGCGGAGGCCGAGAGGCGCAUCAAGAGGUACGGCCGGGACGUCUUCUACCUCAAGGCGCGCAUCAUGGCGGGCCAGGUCGACCUGGCCGACAACAAGUGGGGCAUCGCCGACUUCAGGUGGCUGACCAAGGACGAGCUGGCCGGCGCCGUCGACCAGAGGACGUUUGCCAGCGUCAAGAACGCCAUGCCUGCGCGGUAGCCCUGCCUGGGUGCGUGGGGGGGUGAUGGCGAG